CAUCACGUUGCUGCCUGUGUGCGUCCAGACGCAGCCGCCUGGACUCGCCUGUCAUCUGGAGGAAACUCCUCCCCGCAGACAGCACGUCCUGUCGCCUUUCCAGCGCAAUGGUCUCCUGGAUCAUCUCUAGACUUGUGGUACUUGUGUUUGGUACACUUUACCCCGCGUACUCAUCCUAUAAAGCUGUGAAGACAAAAGAUGUGAAAGAAUAUGUGAGAUGGAUGAUGUACUGGAUAAUAUUUGCCCUGUUCACUUCUGUGGAAGUGUUUACAGACAUGUUUAUCUGUUGGCUUCCUUUCUACUAUGAACUGAAGAUGGCCUUUGUGGUGUGGCUGUUGUCCCCUUACACCAGAGGCUCCAGUGUGCUAUACAGGAAGUUUGUUCAUCCCACGCUUUCCUCAAAAGAAAAGGACAUUGAUGACUACAUCGGCCAAGCAAAGGACAAAAGCUAUGACACACUGGUGCAUUUUGGGAGAAAAGGGCUGAACGUUGCGGCCACAGCGGCAGUCAUGGCUGCAACAAAGAGCCAAGGGGUCCUGUCAGACAGACUGAGGAGUUUCAGCAUGCAGGAUCUGUCCUCCUAUCAGUCUGACCCUGUUAACACCGACCCUGAACCUACGCAGCCUGCACCAACACAGCAUCGGACCAGAUCUAUGAUGCGCAGCAAGUCAGAGAGCUACAACAAGGGUACAGGACAGGAUUUUGACAUGACUGAUUAUGAGGUGUUGGGGUUGGACCAGUUGGACUCCAAGGGGUUGCUAUCCCAGAGCAUUUCACCUUCUGAGUCUGAGUCCACAGCUUUUACACUCUCACUGACACCCGAGUCCUCCCCACCCUCCACGCCCUCUCCACCUCCCUCUCCACCGGCUCCAGAGCAGCUUGAGGAGGUGGGGAAAGGGGUGCAGACAGCAUCAAGCUCUCCACAGCUCAGGCUGAUUAAGAGGAAGGCUCCUGAGCCUCCUCUUAGAGUCUUAAGGCCUCUCACAAGAUCCAGGAGUGCUCUUUCUUCGAACAAUGAAGCCAUGUGAAACUAGUCCUCAAGACUACUCCAGCUGCCUUUGCUGCAAGAAGUGAAAAUACUGAAUGGCCAAAAUCUACAUGACUAAAGCAGCCUUGCUUUGGAAUAAGGUAUUACCAAAGUGACCUAUUAUGACCCCUCUAUAUAAAGUAUAUAGCUCGUGGCUCAUGAUGAUAAAAAAAUGAGGUUUGUGACAUUGAAAUAGAACAAAUGAAUGAAUGGGCUCCAUGCUGAAAUUUUGAGUUUGUGGGUAAUUGAAUAUGUAUUUUAUGUACAGUUUGUGUGUACUUCAUCUUUCUGAUUUGAUUGUUUUUAUAUAUCAGGUUUCGGGUAAGCAAUUGCAUGUGUGUCUUCCCGGUAAUUAGUCCGCUGUUUAUUAAACAGAAUGUACUGUCACUGAACACUAAAGCUGGCACUGAGAGUGACAUGGUCGCUGUUAGAGAAUGUGUUAGAUGCCAAGGAUCAAAAGAAAAGGCAUGGCUGUUUUUAACCCUCAUUCGAUCUGUUAUGGAGAAAACAUCUGUGAGAAUUCUGCACUGAUUAUCACAUCAAGGUGUUGCAAAGUCAGUCGAUUAUCCAAAAACAUAUUCUGAGAUAAGACAACCUACUUUUGUUGUAGUGAAAAGUAAAAACAGCAGUGGCAGACAAUAUUCUGUAAUUUACCUCUCUAUUAAAGCCUUAAGUAAAGACAUAGCAGAGACAUAAACAAUAUAUAGUCUCCACACUUGAUUUAAGUAUUUCUAACACAACUAUCUUCUCAUUAAACAAUCAUUUUGCACUAUGUUUAGAAAACCACUGCUCUCGAUACUCUGAAAUGGCCAAAAAUGACAUAAAACAAAGAUAACAUAAUAAAUGAAUAGCUGAAUGUUAUCACAAAUUACUUUUAUUAUUUCUUAAUUCGUCUGUGGUAGAGACAUAAUUUCCUGUGUAACAAGUAAUAGCAUUCACAUCACAGAGAAAUAUAAGAAACCAGUACUACAAGAGGUUUUCUCUCUGGAGCAGACUGUUUUUGACAAUCUACUGUUCAGUUUGUAUGCACAUUUUGUCAUUUAAUUGACCAUUUAUUUGGUAAUUUAAAGCCUAUUAGGAAUAUGUCCCUUUCAGCUGUAGCAGAAAUGGGAUAUAUAUUGUGGGUAAAUAUUGACUGUAUAUAAACAUGGUUCUUUUUCCAUGUUUGAAAUCACUGUGUAAUGCUCCGCUGUUAACUGAGCAACACUAAACCCAACGAUCUUACCUUCUGCUUGCUUUACUUUUAUUUUUUAGGAGUUCAUUCGAGUGACUUUAUCGGUUUGCAGGUUUACAAACUUACAUUUAACUUAAUAUUGCGUGGUGAUACACUGUAUGUUUUCAUCCUCUACUUCUACUCACUGAGCCCGAAUCAUAGCAACAAUUUUCACAAAGUGUCACUGUGUGGGUUGUUGAUGGGUGGACUUACGCAGUAGAUUUAUAAUUUUCAUCAUUGUAUCUGUAUCAUUAACGGUGGUUUGAAGUUUGAAACAAAAGCUUCUCAGGUACAACUGUUCUGUUUACACGUCAUUCACUCUGAUGUUGUAGAUACACUUGUUAUGCACAUGGAAUGUCCUAAAUGGAUAAAUGGUGAAAAAAAAGAUUAUGUGUUUCCGCGUUAGUGGUAUCAGUGUUAGUGUUGGAAGUGAUUUCCUUCUAUUAAAAUUCAUGCAGAGUAAAAUGGAGAAAAAAAACAUGUCGCAGUAGCAGAUUUGUAUAUUUGUGCGUAGACUGAUGAACUCAUCCUUGCAUGAUGUUUGUUAUUAAUUUGUAUGAAAAUUUGAUUUCUUAAAUGAUUUUGUGUGAAGCUGUUGGCCUCUUUAGAUGCCUUGCUGGUAAACAAUGAAUCAUUUUUUGUCACUUUUGGUUGCUUUGUAGUAAGAAUAUAAAAUGUUACGACUAAAAAUACAUGUUGGCUAUAAUAUUAUAUGAAAACCACGUCUUAUUUACUGAUCAAUUAGCCACUUUGACUUUAGUCAUGAAGAGACACCACUUUCUAAGUUAUCCUAAGAAAUUUUGUUCUGGCAGGCCAGAAUGUCAAAUUAAUUACAAUUUCAACUUGAUUGUGAAUUAUAAAAAAAAAACAAGAAGUUGUGAAGUGAUGACAUGAUGGUUUAUAGCUAUAAAAUUAUCGUUCUACUACAUUAAAUAUUUCUGUUUAAAUCGAUUUACAGCCAUUAAAUAUGAAACAAAACUUUGA